CAUACUAGAGCAAUCCCAGCUCAAUGGGUAGCUAUUUUGUUGUAGAACCAGUCAAGGUAUCCAGUAAGCCAGAGCAGCACCUACUAUUAGUAGCAUUGUCUCUGGUAUCACCCAACCUAUUCAGUGCCUGGUCAACGGUUGCAUCGAAAUAGUAGAAGCAGAAUCGAUUUGCAGUCCGUUAAAAUUGUAACGAUACGCGACUUCUGUUGUUAGUCUUCGAUAAGAAUAUGUUUAUUUCAUGAUGUUAUUGCUACGUUUGAGCUCGAUUUGUAUUCGAUAAUUGAAAUGGAUAUUGAUGGGCUCAGAAAAGGUAAGCGCUCUUUCCAUCCUUUGCAAUCGUCCACUGCGAGUUCUUGCAGGUGGUUUUCAUUGACUGAACCAAAAGUUUUUCAUUUUAUCCAAGAGGAAUAGAUAUUGGAUAAUUAUGCGAAAAUAAGUGCACAGAUUCAUCAAAUUUCUACACCAUACGAAGAUCUGUUGAAACUUGCAACUUCAAUGUGAUUCCAAAAAGUUGUGGAAUCGCCCUUCUACUGUUAUGAGAUCUGAAUUUUGGACCCUCAUCCUCCUUCAUCUAGUCCGAGCCUCCAUAACAUCAGACUGUGAUGUGGAGUUCACCUAUAGCGAGUACUACAACUCGAAUGGCUUCAAAGUUACCUGCAGAGACAUCGAAGAAGGGCAAGAGGAUAUAAUUCGAUACAUAUCUGCCCAAAAUGCAAUCAUCCUCGACAUUAAGAACACAACAUUAGUGAACGUCAGAUCGGAUUUAUUCGAGAAUGUACCAAAGCUCAAAGAACUGAAUAUUGAGGACUCCAGAAUCUACGUGGAUGGAACUGUAGAUCUUUUCUCAAAACUGGAGAGUUUACAGACUCUGGUUAUGAAGAAUACUGUGGUAGAGCGCAUUGGAAAUGGCACUUUCCAUAAUUUACUCCAAUUAAGAACUUUACAUUUGGAAAAUAAUACUCUGAGCCUUAUGCCGAAAGAUAGUUUGAAGCUUUACACUUUGGACAGUUUACUGUUUAUAAAUAACAAUCUAGAAAAUGUAGACGAUAUACCCUUAUGCUUCUUAGAGAAUAUAGAGAGGAUAAACUUGAGCAAAAAUAGGAUCAAGACUCUAAAACCUGAUUUAUACCAAUGUAGCCCUAAAAAAGCAACCAAAUCCUCUCUGAAUAGUCUUUACGAAAACAACCAUUUAAGCGUAGAAAGCUUAGACCUUAGUGAUAAUCGAAUAACCUCAAUAACCAACGCUUUUACCUCUUUCACGAAUCUAAAUUUCCUAUAUUUAGCUAACAAUUCAAUUUCACGUUUAACCGACACAGAUUUCGAGAACUUAUUCGAAUUAGAAGAACUGAACUUGCGCAACAAUUCGAUAAGCUCGGUGAGCUUAGCAACGUUCACCAAACUCAUAAGUUUGAGGGAGAUAGAUUUAUCGCACAACAAGAUCGCUAGGUUACAGUUGCAAUUUUUAACCAAACUGACCAAAGUUGACCUCUCGCACAACAAGUUGACAUUUGAAAAUAUGGAUGAGGUGAAAUAUUUACCGUUCUUGGAAACGUUAGAUUUGUCUUAUAACAAAUUGAAGAGGACUGAAGACUUUUUCAACGAAUUCCCUUCCUUGGUCAAUUUGAAUUUGAAUGGUAACAGUUUGAUGUUGACUGAGGAUAUGUUUCGGAAUUUGUCCCAGUUGGAGACUUUGUUUUUGAGGGGUAAUGGUAUCACUCACCUUCCAGGAAGAAUAUUCAACAACAUGACAAGUUUGAAAGAACUGGAUUUAUCGGAGAACAAACUAGAAGUUAUAGAAAAUUAUGAAAUUUUUUCCUCGCUGUUUAGUCUUCAAGUGUUCAAUUUAUCGUACAACAAUUUGAGGUAUUUGAAUCAUAAUUUAUUUUCGAGUUUGGACGAUUGUGAGGUUUUAGAUAUAGCGGGCAAUAAGUUGAGGGACUUAGAUUAUCCUUAUAUUAUAAAUAGUAUGAGAUCUCUAGAUACUUUGAAUCUAAACAACAAUCUAUUUUCGUGCAAUUUUCUGCAUAAACUUGUAAGGUAUUUUUCCUGGAAAAACAUCAAAUACAACGUAGAUAACAUGACGCAAUAUGAUGAAGAAAAUAUAGGUGGAAUUCAUUGUCAAGAAGAGAUUGCCAGUGUUGUUGAAGCGGUAAAAAGAAACCCAGAUAGUACCUCAGUUUUUGUUAUUACUUUGAUCGCAGCCAUUUUUUCUGUAUUUAUAUUACUGGUGAUAUUAAUAGUUAAGUAUUAUCAAAUCUAUAAAAGGUCUAAAUAUCACUCCGAACAAUUCGAACUGAUUUCAGAAUAAAUAUUGGAAAAUCAA